AUGAGAGCCCUUACUGAAAAGGAACUGACAACAACCAACCCAAGUUACAGGAAGUCCAUGACUGUGGCAACAAAGCUGGCCAUUGAAAGAGCGAUAAACAACGACACUGUUGUAAAAAGUGCAUUUACACUCCUUUCUCUAUGUUCUCAAAAGCCCUUGCAUUUAGACAUCGUUAUUAGUUACAUUUUGAAUGAGAAUGCGCAAUUGGAUAAAGAAGAAAUUGCUCUUCAGAUCCAAGGCUACUCACUUCUUAUGUUCGAAGAAAGAGAAAAUGGGAUUUUUGUUAGUACGCAUCAAGUUGUGCACGAGGCAAACAAAUCUGUAAUCAAAGAAAGUCGGGAGCUUGAUGAACUUGUUCAAGUUAUUGCACUAGUGAUGUCAUUCAAACAAUUCGUAGACGCUCAUUUGCCACAGACCUGGCGCGACCGAAACUUUAAUCGUGACAGUGAGCAUUUUGUUCCACACUUGAUUACGUUUGCUGCAGAAGUUGAAAAUGCCUUCCUUCACAGAGAUGAUUGUCAAGUUAUCAAGGAAGAUGUUUUCAACUAUUUCAAAGUAAUAGAAGAUUUCAGAAGGCUUGCAAUAAUUGGCUGGAAUCACCGUGAAUAUUCAGCCGCAAAAGUCUACUGUGAAGCAGCUUUGAAACUGGCUGAAAAGGAUCAGUUGAAAGAGAAUUGCGAACGUGCUUUAGACACUAACCUAAAAGAAUCAGGACCCAAAAAUGAUGCCCUUGUGGCUUCUUACAAUAUGAUAGGUAUUCUCCAGCGUGAAUUGGGUGACCUUCAAAAUUCCAAGGAGAACCAUGAACGUGCUCUAGACAUUCAGCUAAAACAUCUUGGACCCGAGCAUGUCGCUAUGGCAAAUUCAUACCACCAUUUGGGUAAUGUGCAGCUUUUGUUGGAGAACAUAGAAGAGGCCAAGGAGCUCUACGAACGUGCUUUAGACAUCCAAUCGAAGAAUCUUGAGCCUGAUCAUAUUGAUCUUGCGUUUUCUUACACCGGCUUGGGUGGUGUACACUGUGAAUUGGGCGACCUGGAACAGGCCAAGGAGUAUUUUGAACGUGCCUUAAACAUUGAACUGAAAAAGCUUGGGCCCGGGCAUGUUGAUGUCGCCCGUAGUUACGUUAACUUGGGAUAUGUUGAACGUGAAUUGUGUAAGCUUCAGAAGGCUAAGGAGCAUUUGGACUGUGCUCUGAACAUUCAGUUGAAGAAGUUUGGUCCCGAGCACCUUGAUGUCGCGAAUACUUACCAUCACUUAGGUGUGAUAGAGAGUAAAUUAUGUAAUCUGGAACAGGCGAAGGAAUAUCACGAAAAAGCAUUGCAUAUACGGCGGAAAAAUCUCGGACCAGAACAUGUUGAUGUCGCGCUUAAUUACUUUCAGUUGGCAAAUGUUGAACGUAAAUUGUGCAACUUUCAGAAGGCUAAGGAGCAUUUGGACUGUGCUCUGAACAUUCAGUUGAAGAAGCUUGGUCCCGAGCACCUUGAUGUCGCGGAUACUUACGAUGUCUUAGGUAUUGCAGAGAGUAAAUUGGGUAAUCUAAAACAGGCCAAGGAAUAUCACGAAAAAGGGUUGGAUAUAAGACGAAAAAAUCUUGCACCCGAGCAUGUUGAUAUGGCAAGUUCAUACCACCAUUUGGGUAAUGUGCAGCUUUUGUUGGAGAACAUAGAAGAGGCCAAGGAGCUCUACGAACGUGCUUUAGACAUCCAAUCGAAGAGUCUUGAGCCUGAUCAUAUUUAUCUUGCGUUUUCUUACACCGGCUUGGGUGAUGUACACCGUAAAUUGGGCGACUUGGAACAGGCCAAGGAGUAUUUUGAACGUGCCUUAAACAUUGAACUGAAAAAGCUUGGGCCCGAGCAUGUUGAUGUCGCCCGUAGUUACGUUGAGUUGGGAGAUGUUGAACGUGAAUUGUGUAAGCUUCAGAAGGCUAAGGAGCAUUUGGACUGUGCUCUGAACAUUCAGUUGAAGAAGCUUGGUCCCGAGCACCUUGAUGUCGAGUCUAUUUACCAUGACUUAGGUGUGAUAGAGAGUAUUGCAGAGAGUAAAUUGGGUAAUCUAAAACAGGUCAAGGAAUAUCACGAAAGAGGGUUGGUUAUACGACGGAAAAAUCUUGCACCCGAGCAUGUUGAUAUGGCAAAUUCAUACCACCAUUUGGGUAAUGUGCAACUUUCGUUGGAUAACAUAGAAGAGGCUAAGGAGCUCUACGAAAGUGCUUUAGAGAUCCAGUCGAAGAAUCUUGAGCCUGAUCAUAUUUAUCUUGCCUUUUCUUACACCAGCUUGGGUGUUGUACCCCAUAAAUUGGGCGACUUGGAACAGGCCAAGGAGUAUUUUGGACUUACCUUAAACAUUGAACUGAAAAAGCUUGGGCCCGAGCAUGUUGAUGUCGCCUGUAGUUACGUUGAGUUGGGAGAUGUUGAACGUGAAUUGUGUAACCUUCAGAAGGCUAAGGAGCAUUUGGACUGUGCUCUGAACAUUCAGUUGAAGAAGCUUGGUCCCGAACACCUUGAUGUCGCGGAUACUUACCAUGGCUUAGGUAGUGCAGAGAGUAGAUUGCGUAAUCUAAAACAGGCCAAGGAACAUCACGAGAAAGGGCUGGAUAUACGGCGGAAAAGUCUCGGACCAGAGCAUGUUGAUGUCGCGCUUAAUUACUUUCAGUUGGGAAAUGUUGAACGUGAAUUGUGUAACCUUGAGAAGGCUAAGGAGCAUUUGGACUGUGCUGUGAACAUUCAGUUGAAGAAGCUUGGUCCCGAGCACCUUGAUGUCGCGUAUACUUGCCCUGUCUUAGGGUUGGAUAUACAACGGAAAAAUCUCGGACCAGAACAUGUUGAUGUCGCCCUUAGUUGCUUUCAGUUGGGAAAUGUUGAACGUGAAUUAUGUAACCUUCAGAAGGCUAAGGAGCAUUUCGACUGUGCUCUGAACAUUCAGUUGAAGAAGCUUGGUCCCGAGCACCUUGAUGUCGCGCAUACUUACCAUGUCUUAGGUAAUGGAGAGAGUAAAUUGGGUAAUCUAAAACAGGCCAAGGAAUAUCACGAAAAAGGGUUGGAUAUACGACGGAAAAAUCUUGCACCCAAGCAUGUUGAUAUGGGAAAUUCAUACCACAAUUUGGGUAAUGUGCAACUUUUGUUGGAUAACAUAGAAGAGGCCAAGGAGCUAUACGAACGUGCUUUAGACAUCCAAUUGAAGAAUCUUGAACCUGAUCAUAUUUAUCUUGCGUUUUCUUACAACGGCUUGGGUGAUGUACACCGUAAAUUGGGCGACUUGGAACAGGCCAAGGAUUAUUUUGAACGUGCCUUAAACAUUCGACUGAAAAAGCUUGGGCCGGAGCAUGUUGAUGUAAGGCAUGGUCAGAAUGAGUUGAGUAACGUACAGCUUGCCUUGGAUGACGUGCAACACGGCACCGAAUGUCAGGAACCUACUGUUGAGAAGGAUCACUGUGCCUUUCUGGAUGACAAUCCUACUGUCUAG